CUAUGCUUUUCCUUCUUCCGCUACACGAAUGCAGGCUACAGCUGGUCGUGGUAUGAAGUUUGAACCCACGCUGUCGCACAUCUGUUUCUUGCAGGAACACCUGCCCUGCUGUUCCAACCGUGCAGUGAGAACACGGGUGCUAUCAUUAUCUUGACAAACAGUAACCUAGCCACACGAUGGCCUCUGUCCUGGACUCGUUUUUUACGUAUGCCUAUCUGGCCGUAUUGUAUUUUAUACAGGGUGUCCCAUACGGCGUGCAGGACAAGCUACUACCCCAGUACCUCCGUUCGGCAAGAUUUGCCUACAGCCAGGUGACCUUAGCGCGUAUCCUACUGCUACCCUGGCUCUGCAAGCCACUUUACGCGUCCUACAUCGAGAAGCACUGGACCCAAAAACGAUGGCUUCAGCUUUUCCUCGUCACUCUCACCUCGGUGACAUGGAUCAUGUCGUACUUCGGGGACCAAGUCUCUUAUUUCAUUGUCACGCUCCUGAUCCUCAAUAUCCUGUCUGCGUCGCUGGACAUCUCCGUGGACAGCGUCGCCAUGGGCAUUCUGCAGGGGGCUCAGCUUUCGUUGGGCAACGCUGUCCAGGUCGGGGCUUACAAAGCUGGCGCGAUUUUUGGCGGUGGGCUGCUCCUGGGUUUACAGUUUCUCGCCGGUCUUAAGGGCGUUCUCCGGGGUCUGACUUUUGUCUAUGCCAUUGGCUUGAUAGCGGUCACUUUUCGAAGCGACGGUGAGGAGAGUCAAGAAGAAGCUAACUCAUCAGCGGCUGAAGCUACUGGUGAGGCUGCAGGGAACAGUACCGGUGAAGGCGAUGGGGUCGAGGGUCUGUGGAGACGUAAGAGGGACCCCGAAUCUUUGAAAACUGGCAAAACUAACGAGACCAAGGAAGACGACAAUGUUGAGUCCCCAGAGCCACUGCCAGAGUCGUUCUUUGGAAAGGUCAAGUGGGUCUUGUCUGUCGAAGGUACCAUGGGGCUUCUGGUCUUCCUGGUGUUCUACAAGUCAGGAGAGUAUGGUAUACUCACUACUUAUCCGUCCUUCCUGCUUGACCAAGGAUACUCCUACUUCACUGUCGGCUUUCUCAACGGAGUGCUUGCUCAAGUGGUGUCCCUGUUUGGGUCACUGUUGGGUGGCUACAUGUCUCACCAGACAAGGGACAACACAAAGCUCCUGCUGAAGAUGUGUUUCGUGAGGGUCUUGCCUGCUGCCCUCAUCUUCCUGACCAGCACCAGGCUGUUUGGGAAACCAUCCAGUGUUUAUGUGGGGGUGAGCUCCAUGCUCUUCCUGAACCUCAUCAGCGGCAUGAUCACAACGGUGGUGUUCACUAUCAUGAUGAGGCGGUCUCAGCAGGUGGCCAAGGGCUACAAGACCACUCACUUCUCAUUCCUCUGCACCGUUGAGGUGCUCGGGAAGCUCGCCUUUUCCAUUCUGGUGGGCCCUUGCAUUGACCUGAUCGGGAAACCCGCCACCUACUUUCUGAUGACGACAUUUACGGCCUUCAGUGUUGCCACGGUGAAGUAUGUGGAGUGAUGCGGUGUGACCAUGGUCUGUUGUGCGUGCACUGUGCUACAGGAUGGGCACAAACACAAUGCCGGCACUUUUCACAUUUUCCCGGGGAAAACUAAUAGCAUGGUCUUUAGAUUACCUGCUCAGGGGUCCAGUUUCGGUCAAGGUAAGUGCGAGAGCGUUUUCGGCUACUGAUUGUGUGGUCCCACACGUUGUGCAUAAUCAACCAGUAAGACAUUUUACACCCAUUUGCAAGGUCAGAAUCGGGCAACAUUUUGGUGGGAACAUCUCACCAGCAUACAAAUGACGAGGAAGGUCUCGCAGCCUCCGAUCUGCUUGUCCUUAGUGCUUCUUCAUCCACCGAUUGACAUCAGUUUGUAUACGGUGGCGGAACGAAUUGAGAUUUGCAAACAUAGGGCGUGGGUUGUCAUUGGCUUUCAACGUGAAAUAGCAGAAAAGUACAAUUUCAGCCUGUGUCCGAUCUCACUUCGCUGCAGGGCUUUAUUUGUGGCAGAUGAGAAACUUUUUUUUCUGGUCUGUUAGCAGACAACACACGACAUUUCCUUGUUUUAUUUCCGUCUGCAAAUGAUGCUUUUAGACAAACGACUUUCUUACGCUCACAUUAGCAGACAAACCUACGAGCGCUGUCUUCGCUCAUUCCGCAAGAGGUAAAUUAGAUCCUGCUCUUAUUCUUGCAGCCACCAAAAGUGGACCCCUGGAAUAAUUCUCGCCAUUCUGUAGGAAAAAUUUCCCUAGGGACAAAUUGAAGCACCAGAGGUGCUUCAAUUUGUCCCUAGCACUUAAAGCACAAGCACCUAAAGCAUUGCAACCCAUCUGCAAGUUUAUUUAUAGGUCAUGUUUGCCCCAUGCCUGAAAUAAACGUAGCUUAGCUUUGAAAAUUAUUACAAGGAAUGUAUAAUAUCGCGCAUGAUACCUACUCGCGGAGCAAGAAAGCAAUGGAGUCUCAGUGGACGAUGCUACGACGCAUCUCAAUGUCGAUAGCAAUGCCGCCACUGCAUCCUGAACGGUUGCUCUCUCUCACCCACCAGCUCUGGCAAAUUCCCUUUCUAGCUACCUUAAAGGAGCUGUGCAACGAUUUUAACGUUGAAAGAAUUGGCAUCUUCUGCUUUUGAUGUUGUUCACCUUGUCACAAAUGAAAAAAAAAACACGCCUCCUUUCAUCGAAAUGUUGCGAUUCUGCUGCGUAAUAGCGAGGCAAAACUUAGAAUAUUCCCCGACCUGCACCCGCAAGCGGCGGCCAUGAGAAACACACGGCGUGACGUCAAUGGGGAAUCUUGCAGAAAGAUAGCAAGUUGUGCGAAUACCUGCUCGAUAAAGGUAACUUUCCUAUAAAUCUUGUCGUUCCAACAUGUAUAUAAAUAUGUCGAAAACCUGGUAUCAUCAACAAAACUUUUAUUAUACGGAGUUUUAGUGGCGCCAUCUAUCCUAGGUCCACAAAACCGUCAGCUCUAUCUGCGACCGCGAACAGCCGCCAGAAGCCAGAGGGGGAGGGGGACAGGGCCGGGCGGGUAUUGCCGGAUUGGGAUGAGACUUUCCUCCUUUCACCAUAUUGUUUGCGCAGUGCCCGCCAGCAUGUGGUCACGCAGUCGCGAGCAGAUGAGUUCUCGCUGCUCACUGAUGGCUCUAAAGAGAGAUUUUUUCCGGAACCCCGUGCUUACCCCA